UUUUUGAUGGCUUUUUUUUCGCCUGCGCCGUUAGUAUUGGGGUCUCCAGAAAAUGUCAUCCAUAAAAUCAAGUCGGUGUGGCCUUAGGACAGGGCAUCUUCAACCCACUCUUUCCAGUCGGCUGCUGAAUCAUAUUUUUCUCAAGAACAUUUAUUAUGUGCCAAGCAGUAUACGUUCUGCCAUCAGUAUGCUGAUAUCAUUUCUCAUAUCUAAUUUCUUAUGCCUGUUGAUAGAAAAAGUUUUAAACGAAACGUCCGUAGUUAUUUUUUGUUUUGUUACGUUCCACACUUCACAUACUUUACGUUUGUGACCGCAUCGGUUACAAGCUAGGCUGCAGUACAAUGUGAACCAGUCACAUUUUCCCUGAGGAAGGUGACAGACGGUCUCCAAAACUUCGGUGUAAAUAAAUCAAUGGUUAUCAGACUGAAAAAAAUCUCUUUAUUCAGCUUUCAGACCCUGUCGACAAUCCACAUACUCACAAGAGCAGCCAUGUCUACCUACAAGGAGAGAGGGGUCAUGUUUCUAACUGACGUUGUGCCACGUUCCAACCUGGAACUCCUAAAAACUUUUGACAUCAGAGACGACGACAUCAUGUUGAUCACCUACCCCAAAGCUGGCACUUGGUGGCUCCAUCAAGUGGUGAAACAGAUUCUGGCCGCACAGGGAGUUAAAGAUGAGAAGUAUUUGGGAAACAUACCCAACCUUAUCGCAUCAACAGUGCCUGGAAAAGGCCCUCUGGCGGAACUCUUCAAAACUGCACCUUCUCCUCGGGUACUGGCGACUCACGUACCAGUGGAAUUUCUCCCGGAUGGUUUGCUCGGUUCCAAGGCGAAGAUAGUCGUCUUGAUGAGGAAUCCCAAGGACACCACGGUCUCCAUGUUCCACUUCUCGCACAAAGUUCCUAAACUACCGACGCCUGAAUCUUGGGAUAGCUUCGUUCAACAGUUCCUUACUGGCGACUGUCCAUGUGGGCCUUUCUACGACCACGUCCUGGGGUACUGGAAGCUUAAGGACCAGCCCAACAUUCUCUUCCUGAAGUAUGAGGAUAUGAAGAAGGACCUGCCGGCGGAAGUGAAGAAGCUCUGCUCCUUCCUUGAAAAGCCGCUGAGUGACGAAGAGGUACAAGCAGUGGUCGGUGCGACCCAGUUCGACUCCAUGAAGAAGACUUUGGGAGAAAGAGGACAAAGGAAUACAAGGAAGGGAGUCAUCGGAGACUGGAAGAACUACUUCAGUGACGACCAGAGCCGAGCUUAUGAUGAGCAGUACCGUGAGAGGCUGUCCAACACUGGGCUGGAAUUUCAAUUUGAGUGAUACGUUUUUGACCAAACUGCAAAUAAUACGUACAAAGCAGCUAUAUAUAUGUAACAGUCGAUUCAAGGUCAAAGAUGUGAAAGAGCAAAAAUGAAGAAUUUAUAUUAUUCGGUAUAACAUACUCUAUAUGUUUGUCAUUUGUUAAACCUUUCUGGCCAUUUUGAUUUCAUAAAUAAAGAAAGCGACAUUAAAGAUGUUAUCCAUAUAACGUUAAUCGAAUUGAUAUGGCCUGACUCAUCAGGCACCAAUUCUAAAUGAUAACAUUGCCAUGGCAACCGAUUGUUUACAUGCAUAUCUUUAUAGAAUUCAUUAAUUUCGGUUUAAAAGCAAUGUGUUUGUCGAAAUAAAGUAUUUCAGCUGAAUCACUGUGACAUUUGCAUGAA